CGUAGAUUGUCGACUAAUUUCUAACGCUGUACUUCGUUUUUCUCAAAUUACUGCCAUUUUCGGCGGCUUUAAGAAGAAUAUGAUUCCGUUUUACCCAUCGGUGCAGCCGUCUUCGGCGUACAACUAUUGGUUUUCGGUGGAGGAAUCUUAUGAUGACGAUACCGAUGUAAAUGCUUUGGAAACAGAACACACUGAAUGCCUAAACCGAGUUUCUUUCGUUGGACAAGAGCUAACACCAAUAGGUAAAAAUUCUAACGAGCAGCAUACGGAAAAUAUGGAUACCGAAGACGAAGAUGCUAAUGACGAAAGCGAUGACUCAGACAACUCCGACGAGGACGAUGAUGAUAUGGACGAUCUGAAUAACACGCGCGGAAAUCAUCCGGACAGACUAUCGAUUGUACCGGGAGGAUACCUCGAGCACGUGCUACAGACCGAGGGAGCGUUGUAGAAAUGUCAUUUAAUUGCUCAUGUUUAUUCAAACUUAAAGAUAAUCAAAUCAAAUUAUUUAUAAAGCUAAGGGUAAAGCAACUAAUAACUGGCGAUGACACACAGGAUCAGGCCGUUUGGCUGCCCGAAACUGAUGAAACUUUUGCUUUUUAAUCUUGAAAUCGUUGUAAUCCGCUGACAGAGUAUUAAAGUAAUAAA